UACUACUUCUUCUAUGAUGAUCAACAAAUAGAAGUAUCUUGACUCUAGAGUAGAUACACUUUGUAAAAGUUGCAAGCGGUUCAUUAUGUAAACCAAGUCUGGACUGUUUAGAUCGGAACUGCACUUUCCUCAGCAAAGUAAAUCGAAGAAAUUUACAAAAGUGAACAACAAUUUAUCACUAAAAAAUAAAACUUUUUCAUAAAUAAAAAAAAAAAUAAAAUAUUAAAAAAAAGUAUUCGAGCAAAUUAAAUAAAAAUUAAUAAUAAAAAAACGCAUGAAUUAAAUUCAACUAAUACAAAAAAGAAUAAAAAUUAAAAUGAUAAUAUGAGUGUAUUAUAAAAAAUAUUAAUGUACAAUGCAAAUUGAAAGAAGAAAUAAUAUAAAAAGAAGCAACCGAGAAAAUAUACUGUGAGAAUAAAAUACAAAGUUAUCGGACUCAAUAACAUUGUGUAUUUGCAAGUAUAUAUGUUGAUAAAAAUAGCACUGAUCUUGCUAAUACUUUGUGUACUGAUUACAGCCAAUUAUAGUUGAAUUGUAUAAAAAAUUAAAAGUGAUAAGAUUCGAAUACAUCACAAGACGCUUAAAUGAAUUUUGAUUAAAACAUAAACAAAUUUUGGUAAAAGUUAAAUAUUUCAUUAAAAAAUUAAGCAAGAAGAUCAACAAAAUUUCGUAUCGUAAUAUAAGUUUGCGACGGACCGAGCAAAAACUGUUGCAUAUACUUAAGAGUGUAUUGUAUUGAAAGAAGGAAAGAAAUACGAAAACUUGUUUGUGCACCGUUUUUAUAUUUGCCUCUUUGAUAAAUACACGAGCACAAAACAAUACACAGAAAAGAUUCGCCAAUACAAUGUUGUCCGAUUGUAAACACAUCGUUAGCUCGUACAAUUGCAUUCGACAUUCUACAACAUUUUAUCACAAUCGUGCUCUAUACCAAUAAAUAAAAUAUAACGUGGUACAAGUGUAGACAUUACUCACUUUUAUUGCAUACAAUCGCGCAAAGACAAUUGUAAUUACGAAAAAAAAAACAGACUUUUUGCAUCUCGGACAUUUAAUCCAAGUACCUGCAAAGCGACGACUUAUUAAUUAGUCGUGAUAAAUGAGAAAUAAAUAAGCUGAUAACAAGAAAAAAAGAAAAUUAUUGACGAGCAGGAAUUCUCGUACUUAACGACAUUUCCUUCUUAAGAAGUACUCGCACACCUUUCAUCACAUUUAUAUGGUUGAAAGACAUCUUCUUGAAAGUCAAAAAUAGAACAUUGUUGAUAAAACAAAAGAAAAAAAAAUCAAGUGACUAUAAAAACAUUAAGCGAGAUAAUUUUUUAUCUGGGCAAAAAUUUUUCUGUGCAAACGCAGAUUAAACAGUGUUCAAACAAAGAAAAAAAAAAUACAACAAAAUGGUAUCCGAACAAAGUUGGGACGAUAACAUGUCUGAAUCGGACAUGAUCGAUGUCAAAGAUCAUGGCGGAGCCUCCAGCUCUAGUUCGUCUAGCUUAAAUCCGCGAACGCCUCCGAAUUGUGCACGUUGCCGUAACCACGGGCUCAAGAUUGCACUGAAGGGCCACAAGCGAUACUGCCGAUACCGGUAUUGCAAUUGUGAAAAAUGCCGCCUCACCGCUGACCGACAAAAAAUAAUGGCCCUCCAAACGGCAUUGAGACGAGCACAAGCACAAGACGAACAACGGUCACUGCAACCUGGUGAGGCACCUCCUCCGCCCUUGCCGGACGCAAGCACAGUCUCAUCUAAAAGCUCUUUAGACGGCAAUUCUCUUUCAGCCAUACCACCAUACCAUCCACAUCCAGCAAGAACAGAGCCACACACUGACUCGCAUCUUAUGCACAACAACAAUGGCUCCUAUCCGCCGCACUAUAAUCACCGUAGAAAUUCAAUGUCAAUGUCGCCGCCCGCGAAGAUGGUUCCCCAAUCCAUGUGUGUGUACGAAGAUCAACAACAUCUUGAUAAGAAAUACCUGAUAGACAAAAGUACAAGGAUUUUACAAGAAUGUGAAUAUGCCGGAGAAAUAUUGCCCUUCAUUUACAUCAUAUUAAGUCUAGUAGGAGGCGAUGAACGAAAGGCACAACAAAAAAUUCAAGAAGGUACGAAUGAGGUUAAUGCAUAUGCUUCCAGGAAUAACCUGAAUAUGUAUGAUCAAGGUGCCGUUAUGCGACUAGGAGGAAUGGGUCAAGAUCGAAGAAUGAAUAUUAAUGGUUAUCAAUAAAAGUACCUUUGUGGCAAUUCUCAAAAUAAAAAAAAGUGAAAAAUACUGUUGCUGCAAUCCGUGAUAGUUUGUAAUAAUUUAUAGUAAUUUAAUCAGUUAGGAAGCUGACACUUCAGAUAUUAAUAAUUUAGAGUCCAUUUCUCUAGUAGGCACAGUAUUUUUUAAUACACCUGUCAGUUCAACGAUUUUAUAAGUUUUUAUUUUUAAAUGUAGAAAUAAUUAAAAGUUCCUUAAAACAACAAAAAAUCACAAUUCUUCAAUUUAAAAAAUCCUCGAAAUGUUAUAAUUUAUAUAUUGACUUUCUGAAAAUCUGUUGUAAAUAAAUCUUUUCCGUCAUUUUACUUUUAAAAUCUCAUUUUUGUAACCAAAGGCAAUAAAAUAUUAGUUCGCGAUAAAGUUAAAAGCUAGAAAUAUAUCGAAAAUAUUUAUAUCGGAUGCUUCAAAUUGUUCAUUUUGUAUAAAAAAGAAGAAAAUUUUAAGACACGACGAUAAGUACACAAUUCUUCCUUAAAUAUUUUUAUCUUAAAUUAAUAACUUUUAAAGUUGAUAAUGAUGAUGAUGGUCCUUUCUGGCAAUUCUACAUAAACUAAUAAUUUACCAUCCAUUAAUUAAAAUAAAACUUUGACGACCGCCAGGCAGCUGAUCAUAAAAUACUAAAUAGAUUAUAUAGGCGAAAAUAGUAGUUAAGUAAAUGUAAAUUGUACAUAAAAAAAACUAAAAAUUGUAGCUUCUCAAAUGAUAUAAAUUAUUUAAAAAUAAUUUAAUAAUAAUAUAAUGUUAUAAA